CCAAAACGGCAGAGGCCUAAAACGGUAGUGUUUCUUUAUUUGCACACUUUCUCCUUAAUUCGUUUCCUUUCUCCGACGAAAACAAUGGCAGAGCUCCUUCUUUCUGCAUCCCUUCACGUGCUGUUUGACCGAUUGGCGUCUCCUGAGUUGCUGCAAUUCGUUCGCCAAGAGGGACUACGAAAACAGCUGGACAAGUGGGACAAAACGUUGACAAGAAUUCGUAAGGUGCUUCAUGAUGCAGAGGAGAAGCAACACACUGAAAGGUCAGUGAAAGCUUGGCUUGAUGAUCUCAGAGACUUGGCCUACGACGUGGAAGAUAUAUUGGAUGAGUUCGCCACGGAAUCAGCUUUGCGACGUACGUUGAUGGCUGCUGAAAGUCAGGUUAGCGCUAGUAUGGUACGAAAUCUCUUCCCUGCUUGUUGUACUUGUUUAACUCCAAGUGCUGUUAAGAUCAAGUUUAGGCUGGAGCCAAAGAUAAAGAAAAUAAAUACAAGAUUUAAUGAGCUCGUGGCACAAAAAGAUGAACUUAAUUUGUUGCGAACAUUUAUAAGUCCGAUGCCAAUCAAAAAAAGAGAGAUAACUCCUUCAACUUCUGUGGUGAACGAAGAUCACAUCUACGGUAGGGAGAAAGUCGUAGAGGCUAUACUUGAAUUAUUGACAAGUGAUAAACAUAGUGAUGCUUCGAAUAAAUUAGUACCCAAUGUGAUUCCUAUAGUUGGUAUGGGGGGUAUCGGAAAGACAACCCUCGCCCAGCUCGUUUACAAUAAUGAAAAAGUGGAAAGCUUUUUCGAUCUGAAAGCAUGGGUUUGUGUUUCUGAAGAUUUUGAUGUUGCUAAAGUCACAAAAACGAUUUUACAAUCUAUGAGCAAGGAAUUAGACUGUGCUAACAAAGAUCUAAAUUGGUUGCAAGUGGAAUUGAAGAAAAUAAUACAUGAGAAAAGGUUUCUAGUCAUUCUUGAUGAUGUUUGGAAUGAGGACCGCAAUGAUUGGACUCUCCUACUUCUCCCUUUCGAAGCAGGGGCUCCAGGAAGUAGUAUUAUUGUCACAACUCGUAACCAGGAAAUAUCAUCAAAUAUGGGAACUAUUAAAGUCGAGCCUUUUCAGUUGGAGUUGUUGCCAACUGAUGCUUGUUUGUCAAUAUUUUCCCAACAUGCAUUGGAUGCAAAAGACUUUAGUGCACAUCCAGACCUUAAAGAUAUUGGGGAGGAAAUUGUUAGUAGGUGUAAAGGCUUGCCAUUGGCAGUAAAAACUAUUGGGGGAGUCUUACGCGGUAAACGUGAAAACCGCAUUAAUGAGUGGGAAAAAGUUUUGAAGAAUAACAUAUGGGAUAUUUCAGUGCAAAAAAAUGGAAUUCCUUCCUCUCUUAUGGUAAGCUAUGACAAUCUACCUUCACAUUUGAAGAGGUGCUUUGCAUACUGUUCAAUACUACCAAAGAACUAUGAAUUUGAGGAGAAGAAGGUGGUUCCAUUAUGGAUGGCAGAAGGCCUGAUUCAUGAACCCCUACAAGAUGAAGAGGAAAUGGAAGAUUUGGGUUUCGAGUAUUUUUGCAAUCUGUUGUCAAGGUCAUUUUUCCAAAAGUCACAUAUUAAUGAAUCAAAAUUUGUUAUGCAUGACCUCAUCAAUGAUUUGGCUCAGUCGGUUGCAGGCAAUACGUGCUUUAGAAUGGAAGAUAGGAUUGGGGAAAUUCCUAUAAAGGCACGCCACUCAUCUUAUCUUGGAAGCAAAUAUGAUGUAACUAAAAAGUUUGAAGUUUUUUCUAAAUUGAUCACAAGUUUACGUACAUUCUUACCUUUCAUGCUACCAGAUUCAGGUUUUUGCUAUUUGGCUCAUCAUGUUCACUUUAAAUUGGUUCCAACAUUACGUUGUUUAAGGGUGUUAUCUUUCAAAGGAUACCACAUAACGGAGCUAUCGGAUUCUAUUGGUGAUUUGAAGCAUUUGCGGUACCUUAACCUUUCAAAGACUCAAAUUAGUAGCCUGCCAGAAUCAAUAACUAGUCUUUACAACUUGCAAAUGUUGUUGUUGGAGGAAUGUUUUCUUCUAAAGAAAUUACCUUCAAUGUUAUGCAACUUAGUCAACCUGCGCCACCUUAACAUUGAAGGUGCAGAUAGUUUGGAAGGAAUGCCUAUGCAAAUAGGUAAACUAACUUGUCUUCAAACACUGUCUAAUCUAGUUCUGGGAAAAGGCAGUUACUCAGGAAUAAUGGAGCUUGGACCUUUGAAGCAUCUUCGGGGGACACUCUGCAUUUCAAGAUUAGAGAAUGUGAUUGAACAAAAGGAUGCAAAGGAUGCUGAAUUAAUUAAAAAGACGAAAAUUAGUGCGUUGUGGUUGAAAUGGAGUAGGGACAUUGAUGAGUCAAAGGACACGGCAAGUGAACUAGAGGUACUAAAUGGGCUACGGCCUCAUAAUGCUUUGACGAAGUUGGUUAUAAUUAACUAUGGUGGUGCAAAAUUUCCUAAUUGGUUAACAUCUCCUUCAUUUCCUCGUAUGGUCUCCUUGAGAUUAGAAAAUUGUUACAAGUGCACAUCAUUACCUCCAUUGGGGCAAUAUUUACCAUCACUCAAAAAUCUUUGGAUCAAGAGCAUGGCUAACGUGAAGAGUGUUGGUUCUGAAUUUUGUAGCAGUAGUUUAGAGACAUUGCAUUUCAAUAACAUGGAGGAGUGGGAGAAUUGGAGUCCUUGUGAAGGAUUCCCAAAUCUGCGUGAGCUUUCCCCUUAUAAGUGUCCGAAGCUAUCAAGCGAGUUACCAAACAACCUUCCUUUACUAAACAAAGUUGUGAUAAAUGAUUGUGCGCUGUUGGUGGUCUCACUUUCAUGCUUUCCAGAUAAAUGCAAAUUUAACAUUAAGGAAUCCGAAGUGCUUGGUAUGGAAGGGGUGGUGUGUGAAAGCAAGGUUACAUUCAAAUCAAUACAAUUCUUCAGAUCACUUUCACCAAUUUUAGAUAUGGAAGGUUUGGCAGAGUUGGAAGAGUUACGUAUUAUGAACUGUGAGGAGCUGACGAAUUUGUGGUCAGACAAGGUGGGAUCACUGCCACAUGAUCUCCCAUUUCUGAAUUUUCUCCGCAUUAAUAAUUGUCCCAAACUUGUCUCUUUGGUGGCGGAAGAAGUUGAUCAAGAGCUUCUCCAACUCAGAAUCACAUCUAUUCGUAUCGACUAUUGCAUAGCCUGGGAAUCAUUACCUAAGACAUUGAUGUACAACAAUAUGUGUCUUCAGUCUAUUCAUAUCACAAAUUGUGAUUCGCUAACGCAUUUGGCAAGAAGCCAUCUGCCUCCAACUUUAAAAGAGCUAUAUAUACAAGACUGCAAGAGUAUGAGGAAUUUGGUGGAGGAUGAUGAUAAUGAUACAAACAACAACAGUAGUUGCAGUACAUCAAGCGGGGAAUUACCUGCCACACUUCAAGGCCUCUUUAUUAUUAAUUGUCCGAAGCUGGAGUCAGUAGCCAAGAGUUUUCAUCAUAACUCAUUUCUUACAAAUAUCACCAUCUGCUAUUGUGAAAAUCUUGCAUUGUUGCUCCUCCCUUCCAACCUAAGACACCUUCAAAUACUUAGUUGUGAGAAAAUGCGACUGCAAAACGACAUACACAACCUCGCCUCUCUUCAAUAUUUGCAAAUAAAGAAUUGUCCAAGCAUUUUAUCAUUUCCCAAAGAAGGUUUUCCCACAAACCUAACAACACUUGAGAUCUCUCAUCUUAAAAUCACUGAAGCCUUGCUCGAUUGGGGGCUGGACAACCUCAUUUCUCUUAAUGAACUUGAAAUCUGUGGAUGUCAGCAUCUGGUGUCCUUUCCAGAGAUGACGUUGCCUGCCUCUCUAACAAGCCUUUGCAUCUCAGAAUUCUCGAAUCUGGAAUGCCUGUCUUCCGAGGGCUUAAGAAAACUCACCUCUCUUAAAACACUCCAUAUUUCUGACUGCGAGAAGCUCACGUGUUUUCCAGAGGAAUGCCUGCCUCCCUCACUCCUAAAGCUUCAUAUCUCUUCUUGCCAAAAGUUGAUGUCCUUACCAGAGAAUGGCCUACCUCCCUCACUGCAGAGACUUGUAAUUCGUGAAUGUCCUCUACUGGAAGAAUGGCGCAGGAUGCCUGACAUCCCCUAUGUUGAAAUUAUGUGACAGAAACGGAGGAAUAAAUCCAAAGGUAAGUUUGUUCUGGCUCUGAUCCAAAUUUCCUUUGAAUGUUGAAUGGUGGCAUUGGAGAGAUCCCAUCACUCCUAUUGCAUGCUGCGACUCUGGUUGGUAUGCUGAAUUCUUGUGUUUUUUUUUGUUCUCGUUGGGUUUGCAUAACCACAUAACAAGUCCUUGUUAAGAUUUCUAAAUCUCCAAGCAAAUAGAGAAGGUCUUCGAACAUGCAAUUUUUUAUUUUGAAAUUGGAAAAUUGCUUAACUUGACAAAUGAUCGGGCUCCAAAACAACUACAUAACUAGAUAUUGACAUAUUGUUCGUCUGAUUUUUUCAAGAUCAGCAGUAUGACAACUGCUAAUGAAAAAUUGCAUGUUCCAAGGCCUUGUCUCUAUGCCAAUUAGCAAUUUGCCUAGAAGUAGGAAUAGAUCGAAUCAUCAUAUUACUUCUAUGUUUAGUUUUCAAAGUCCAUACAUAUGUUGAUAUAUCUCGUUCCUUUCUAGUAUUCUUUUCCAUUUAUGAUUUAUUAUUUUUUUCAUUUAUGGAUUUGCUUCUUGUCAGAUCAUUGAUUGCACAUGACAUUGGGUUAUGAAUACGAUUGUUAAGGAUGUUUUAUUUUUUCAACAAGUUUCCAUUAUAACAAGUUUCCUUAGUUUGUUAUUUUGUCAAAAAGGCUUCCAUUUGAGAAAGUUUCCUUGGUUUGCUCCAGUCUCCGUUAUAACAAGGACCAGCAUUUUAAUGCAGAGAUAUUGUUUGAUGAAAUAAUUAAAGAUUACGGUGAUUUGAAUUUUCAUUGAUUUCUUUGUAGUGGGAAACACAGAAUUCCUACUGGAAUUAUCCUUACACUUCCGCUAUGCCAAAAGUCCUCUGGCUGAGUUUAAACUGGACCCACCCUUGCAAGCAGCUUUAGCUGAGUUUCUCCAAUAAUAAUAAUAAUGAUAAAAACAAGAAAAUCCCUCAUCGUUUGCCAACCCCAGAGUCUCCAGUAAGAAUUGUCUUGAAUAGAUAAUCACAAUCUUCAUCAAAUGGAUCAUCAGCUAUUUAUUUUGUAUUUCUUUUGCUCUGAAUCUCUCUGAUCAAAAAGACAAAAGGAAAAGAAGAAAACUUUGAGAAGAAAAUGAAGUUGAUUAUAAGAAGAGGGAAAUAUCUAUAUGAUCUAUAUCAGUAUAUAUAUGUAUGUAUUUCAAACAAAGUACUUUUAGCAGUUCCAUUGGCAUUGUUUUUGGAGGGUACGGAGUAUUUACAUGUGAAAAGAUUGAGGAAUUGAGGAAAAUAUAUCAUAGUUGUUUCCUGAAGUUAUUAAUUUCCAUAUAUUUUAAUAUUUAUGCUGAUGUGUCAAAGCUUGAUUAGAAGGUCUUCCCUAAUACAAAUUGAUGAUUUAGCUUAUUUAAUUUUGGUUGCUCUAAAAGUUGUGCAUUAGUGAUCAUAGAUUUUCUUAGAAGUUGGUGAAUGAACACCAUCAUUUUCUGCUAAGAUUUUCUUAGAAGGUCUACCCUACAUGACAAAUCCCAAGGAACAUGGCCUCAAACUCAGGUCCAUUAUUCAUUCUAGUAACUGAAUUGACUAUUGAGACUUUUCUUCUA